AUGGCCGCUGAACAACGCCGUGUCGGUCCACCCUGUGAUGAGGAUGUUUCCGGACUCCAACUUCAGGAACUACCACUGGCAACUGGCAACGGCACCAUCUUAUGCGACGUAUCCACCCCUUCCCAUCGUCCAUUCGUGCCACCAUCUCUCCGCCGCAAAGUUUUCUCCUCCCUGCACAAUCUGUCUCACCCCGGGAGUCGAGCAACCGACAAGCUGGUUUCCGACCGCUUCGUCUGGCCUGGUAUGCAUAAGGAUCUCAAGGCAUGGACACCGGCUUGCAUCGCCUGUCAACGGAGCAAGAUCCAGCGGCACAACAAGGCCCCCAUUGGCACCUUCCCCGGCCCUGGUUCAAGGUUCAGCCACGUUCACCUGGACAUUGUAGGCCUCCUGCCUCUGUCCAAUGGUUGUUCCUAUCUCCUCACCUGUGUGGAUCGGUUCACUCGGUGGCCUGAAGCAAUUCCCCUGCCUGACAUUGCUGCUCCAACGGUGGUCAAGGCUUUUCUCAGUCGUUGGGUUGCUAUCUCUGGUGCACCCUCCACAAUCACGACUGACCGUGGUGCCCAAUUUGAGUCUAAUCUCUUCCAGUCUUUACUCUCCUUUUUAGGCUGUACCCGCAUCCGGACGACAGCCUAUCAUCCGGCAGCCAACGGGAUGGUCGAGCGGUUUCACCGCCAGCUGAAGGCCUCCCUACGCGCCGCAGCCGAUCCGGAGAACUGGACGGAUCACCUUCCCCUGGUCCUCUUGGGCAUCCGCUCCGCUCUCAAGCCGGACCUUGACUGUUCCGCAGCUGAACUGGUGUUCGCCUACACCGUCCGACUCCCCGGUGAGAUGAUCUCGCCAACCCCUCAAGGUGCAGUUGAGGAUCCUACUAACCUCCUGCAUCGUCUCCGGCAGUUUAUGCGGACACUUUCUCCGGUUCCUCCCAGGUCCUCCGCCUCUCCGUCUUAUCUCGAGAAGGACUUGGCAACGUGCUCUCACGUCUAUCUCCGAUGUGAUCGAGUCCGCCGGCCUCUUGAACCGUCCUACGACGGCCCCUUCCGAGUUAUCUCUCGUGGGACGAAGAACUUCCGCAUCCAACGCGGCACUCGCGAGGAGGUCGUGAGCGUGGACCGUCUCAAAGCUGCCGUCCCGGACACUCCUCCGGAUGAGCCCUGUGGUCCCCUACCCCCUGCUCCGCCUCCCCGACCCUCUAUCCCUCCGUCCCGUAUAUUUCCUCUGCCCUCAUGUCCACAAUCUCCAACUGCAACUACUCCUUCAUCAACCAACAACACUGUAACAGCGAGCCAUACUCACUCUACUCUUGUGCCCCCUGUAUAUAUCACCCGUAGUGGACGCCAUGUUCAUUUUCCUGACCGUUUGAUUACUCAUGUUUUUUAG